UGCCGUAUUCGGAGAUCCCAGCUCCCCCAGUUCCUGUUUCCGCCGCAGCCUUUCUCCUCAGUUUUCUGGAGCAACAAAUCUCGGCUACCCCUGCGUCAGACCCAGCCUCCGCAGCCCCGGUCGGAUGCCGCUGGAAGCCGGUGUAUCAUGACAAGGAUGCAGCUGUAAUAAAAGAAUCCAGUGGGACUGGAAGGAAACAGCAAGACACGGAGUGGCACAGACUGGUCAACACGGAGCUGGGUGGCGGGGAGAAGACACCAAUCCACAAAUCGGGACAAUACUUCUGAGCAUGCUAGCCAUGCUUUAGCACACACAGGGGAGGCUAGCUGAUUUCUGGAGAAACACCCGCUGCCUUUUCUUUUAACACUCCUGAGCCACAAACGCACGCACCGCCCUCAUCUGCCGUUCACUGUCUACCAUCCCUGCAGAGAUGCCGAGGUUGGCGCUGUGGCACUUGUGGUGACGGGGCACAGAGUGUGCGCGCACAUCCGGCAGGCAGGCCGGUGGGUCGGUGGGUGUACAGGCACACCAAGAGGCAUUUACGGGUGGGCGUGGUUGAACCAUGCGGCCCUGGGCGGGUUCGUGGCGUUGGAUUACCCUGGUGCUGUUGGCCUGGGGCACGCUCCUCUUCUACAUCGGUGGUCACUUGGUGAGAGACAGCGAGCACCCGGAGCGGUCCAGCCGGGAGCUCUCCAAGAUUCUGGCCAAGCUGGAGCGGCUCAAGCAGCAGAAUGAAGACCUGCGGCGCAUGGCCGAAUCGCUCAGGAUACCAGAGGGUCAGGCAGAAGCCGGGUCCCUGGCCGCAGGGAGACUGCGCUCCCUGGAGGACCAGCUAACCAGAGCCAAACAGAAGAUCCACAGCUUCCAGAAGCUCACCGGAGAUGGCCCCGGUCCCACUCAGGAGGAGCUGCGGAGAAGGGUGGAGAACGGUGUUAAGGAGUUCUGGUACUUUGUUCGCAGCGAGGUGAAGAAAUUGGCCAACGUCGAGCCCAGCGAGAGGCAGAAGUACGCCGACACACUCCUGCAGGACCUGGGACACCAGGAGAGGUCCAUCAUGACAGACUUGUACUACCUCAGCCAGGCGGACGGAGUGGGCGAGUGGAGAAUGAAGGAGGCUAAAGACCUGUCAGAUCUGGUCCAGAACAGAAUCACCUACCUACAGAACCCCCCAGACUGCAGUAAGGCGAGAAAGCUGGUGUGUAACAUCAAUAAGGGCUGUGGUUAUGGCUGCCAGCUCCACCAUGUCGUAUACUGCUUCAUGAUCGCUUAUGGCACCCAGCGCACGCUCAUCCUGGAGUCCCACAACUGGCGCUACGCCCCCGGCGGCUGGGAGACUGUCUUCCUGCCCGUCAGUAACACCUGCACUGACCGCUCUGGGGCCACCACUGGACACUGGUCAGGAGAGGCCCAUGAUAAGGACGUCCAAGUUGUGGAGUUGCCCAUAGUGGACAGUCUCCACCCUCGGCCCCCCUACCUUCCUCUGGCAAUCCCCGAGGACCUGGCCCCACGCCUGCACCGUCUGCAUGGUGACCCCUCCGUCUGGUGGGUGUCCCAGUUUGUCAAGUACCUGGUGCGCCCGCAGGCCUGGCUGGAGAAGGAGAUCCAGCAGACCACCGCCAAGCUGGGCUUCAAACAUCCCAUCAUCGGAGUCCAUGUGAGGAGGACAGAUAAAGUGGGGACGGAGGCGGCCUUCCACCCCAUCGAGGAGUACAUGCUGCAUGUGGAGGAGCAGUUCCAACAUCUGGCCCGACGUGUCCAUGUCGACAAGAAACGAGUUUACCUGGCCACCGACGACCCGUCGCUGCUGCAAGAAGCUAAGACCAAGUAUCCAGAUUACGAGUUCAUCAGUGAUAACUCCAUCUCGUGGUCAGCAGGCCUUCACAACCGCUACACCGAGAACUCGCUGAGAGGAGUCAUCCUGGACAUCCACUUCCUGUCCCAGACCGACUUCCUGGUCUGCACUUUCUCCUCACAGGUCUGCCGUGUGGCCUAUGAGAUUAUGCAGACGCUGCAUCCAGACGCCUCCUCCUUCUUCUACUCCCUGGAUGAUAUUUACUACUUUGGAGGUCAAAAUGCCCACAACCAGAUCGCCAUCUACCCCCACCAGCCACGUAAUAGCGAGGACAUUCCCCUGGAGCCCGGCGACGUGAUCGGCGUGGCCGGCAACCACUGGGACGGAUACUCCAAAGGCAUCAACCGCAAACUGGGCCGCACUGGCCUCUACCCUUCCUACAAGGUCAAAGAGAAAAUCGAGACUGUGAAGUACCCAACGUACCCAGAGGCAGACAAACUGCUCAACUCUCAAAAGAAGUAAAAGAAGAAAUGAAAAAAAAAAUAAAGGAAGAGAAGGAGUGAGGAGAAAUGCGCAGACUCCGAUUCCAGGGAAGGAGGCUGCUUUUGUACAGAAGAGAGAGACAUACUUAGUGCGCUAAGCUGAGAAGAAAAGAAAAAGCCUGUACCCAGGGGUGAUAGGAAUCAGAAUGCACUCUGUGUGUUUAUGCGUGAAGAGCGUGUGCGUGUACGUAUGUAUGUGUGCGCGAACGCGUGUGUGUGUGUGUGUGUGUGUGUGUGCGCACUUGUGUAAAUGCCUGUGCAUAUGUCAGGUCAUGGAAGACUUGCACCCUACCACUACUCCCCCGCCUGACCCUUUGACGUCGGGUCUGUAGAGAUGUAGACGUGAACAUUGAUUUUAAAUAACGCAAGAAAACAAUUAAAAUCUACACAAACAACUGACCAAGCUCACUCUCCCGAGAUAAGACUUGGACUACUAUAAGACUGGCACAGCCCAGAGCGAGCUUCAAAUCAAUGACUGAAAAAAAAAAAAAAAGA